UAGUAACCAUUACUGCACAUGGCAGCAUCCAUAUCUUUUGUCAUUUCUCCCAGAGAAGAUAUGAUCCCCCUUUUGUUUUCUUCUUUGAUUUGAAACCCAAAGCUCCCAUUACAGUUUUUGCUUCUUCCAACCUUCGUUUUCUCUCUCCUUUUCCUCAUCUAAACAACUGCGUGUCUUACAAAAAUGUCCCAAACUGGCAGCAAUGGCGUUGGUGCUACCGGAAGUGGUCAAAUCGUUAACCGUGCCGAACUACGUGAGAGGAGAAUCAGCAUUCAUAUAAGGGGUCAGGAUGGGACUCGUUUGACAUUUACUAUUCGGCACAAGCUCAAGUUAAGUGUAUUGUUUCAUAAUUACUGUAGAAGGAAGCAAUUCGACUAUCGGACUGCUCGGUUUUUUCAUGAAGGUCUUCGUGUUCUAGGGAAAUAUUCGGCUGCUCAGUUAAAUCUGGAGGACGGAGCUGAAAUUAGUUGCAUGUUUCAUCAAACGGGAGGUGGCGGCGGCUUCUAG